CGCAGAUCACAUUCUUGAAGAAGCAACUGCAGUCACGAUACUUGAUCUGACCGGAAAUAGUUUACCUUCAGUAAGUCUUGCGUGAUUGCUGGACGUUUGGCACUGAGGUGUUGCGGAAUAACUGCGUACCAAGGAAAGAGUUCGGAGAUGCCCAAGCGCCAGCAUGUCGAUGCUGCAUCUCCACAGCUUUGAAACCUUCUCCAGAAUCUCAUUCACUGAACUCCCGACAAAAAAGAAGCACGGCAUAAGUUAAAUAGCGCCUGUAACUCAAUGGAAACAAACAAAAGACGCACGCUGGAUGCAGGUCAGUCGCAGGUCUCACUUCCGAAACGAUCUCGGAUUAAUAUCUCUCGCAAACCACCUUCAAGAGAUCCUCUGCCUGUUGAUGGUAGCAAUGAUGCGAAAAGUGCGGCCUCGAUAACUUCCCAAAACAAUCUAUCUGAAGAGGAGGAGACGUCUAGUUUAGGCGAAGAUGAGACGUCAUCAGACUCGUCGUCCUCAGAAAGUGACGGUAAUGAUGAUGCUGAUGAAGACAACGGCGCCGAAUCCGCUGAGACACCAAUCCCCUACGUGCCAGGACGACCAAAGCCACGAAUAUACCGCGUGAAUCAGGACUCCGAUAUUCUUUCCCGUGUGUCGUCCUUCUUACCAAAAUUGAGAAGCGCCAAUGAAGCUCUGCAGAGGGAAAUCGAUGCAGGACGAGCGAAAGACGUGAAGUUGGAUGAAGUGGACGGGGAUGAAGAAGGGCAAUAUAUCGAAAUGAACCUCGGGUUAGGAGUUUUAGAAGAGAAACGCGACGACAAUGAGACCGACACCUCUGAAGAGGACGCAACUUCCGAUACGGAUGUAAAGGGCGAAGAGGAGGAAGCGAAAGACUCAGCAGCAGCGGUAUCUAGGCCCCCAAGACCCCGGGAGUCAAAUAUCCUGGGCAAGCUAAUGGGGAAUAAGACGGCGAGGAAGAACAAACCUGCUAUUGAAGAGAUAGUUGAUUGAAUAUUCUCUGUACACACAGAAAAGUGUACGAAUAAGCCUAUUGUCAUGCCUACUCGGUUUGCUAUAUUUGUAUGCAAGAUCCAUGAUGCGCCGCACUCCACCUGAGAAUGAAAAGCUUCCACGAGAGGCCCGCAAAUUAAAUGAGGGGAGCCAUGCAUUUGGAAUGCGGAUAUUUACGAUAUACAGUCCAGGAAAAGCCAUCUGACCAGGGUGUUAGAUGCUCUAAUACCUCCAUACUCAACUCUAACGAUGAUGAUGACGACGGAGAUGGGUUAUACUGAAUGAAGCAUAUGCUGUGCCCGCACCAUCCAAAGACUGAGCAGCUUCCUACAAGUUAUGGUCUCUCAGCAAAUAAAGAAUGGCAUAUCUUAU